CGUACAUACCGAUAACGAAACUAGGAUUAGAUAAACAAGAAUUAAAAUGGCGACUGUUGAAGAAGAAAAACGGGAAAAUGUUUCUUUAAUGUGCUCACCGUGUAAACGUAAAAGCAAGAUAAAAGAAGCGGAACAUUAUUGUACAGAUUGUCAUGAUUAUUAUUGUUCAAAGUGUGUGAAGUACCAUGACGAUAUUCCGGUGUUAUCUGGUCAUAGAAUUCUUGACAAAGGACACUUUAAGACAGGUACUUUGCAAGCUAUACCUGUUGUGCCUACAGAACGAUGUGAGAGACAUAGCUUUAAGCCAGUAGUCAUGUACUGCCAGAACGACGAUGAUGUCGGCUGUCCAACAUGCAUGGCAGUAGAACAUAGGUCAUGUAAGAACGUAUAUUAUAUACCUGAAUAUGUUGUAAAUGAGAAGAAUGCUGCUGAUUCUCAUGAAACCAUACAAGACCUUAAGAGCGUAGAAGAAGAUUUAAAAACUCAACUUGACAAACACAAAGAAGAGGCUAAACGACUUUUAAGGAGGAAGGUGGAGGAAACCGAUAAAGUAAAAGAAUUUCGGGUAGAAAUGGGUCGGAAACUUAAUGAGCUAGAAAAAGAUACUAUUGAUGAAAUAGAGAAGAAAUAUAAAGCCCUUAUAAAAAGGAUUGAAGAUGACAUGUGUGCUCUUACAGCAUUGCAAGAUGAAGUCGGUAUGUCACAAGAUAACAUUUCAUCAGCUGGUUCUAAUAUGUCGCAGCAAUUUGUGAGUCUGAAAAAGGGCAAAACAGCUACAGAAAAGGCAGAACGAUGCACAGAAGACAAGACAUCCGAAUUCUCUAGACAAGAAUUUGUGUUUCAAAGAAAUCAGCAGUUGCUAUCAAACCUUAUGCAAGAAACACGUUUGGGUAAAAUAAAUCAACAACAUGCUUUGUAUAAACUCUCGGGAAAGAAGGUAUACAAUAUAAAACAUGAAUCAGACACAGACACUUGCAAGAUAUACAGUGCAUGUAUGAUUGCUGAUGGAUCUGUAAUACUCGCAGACAACAAUAAUAAAAAGCUUAAACAUCUUGAUGCAUCUUCGUACAAAGUUAAUGAUGUAUGUGAUCUGCCGAAUUUUCCGUGGCAGAUAUGUUCUGUCGAAAAGCAUGACGUAGCCGUAUCUUGUUAUCAAAAUAUCCAGUUUGUUUCGGUCGAUGGGAAAAUGAAGAAAACAAGGUUACUCGAAACCGACCAUAAUUGUUGCGGUAUAGGAUACAAAAAUGACCACUUAUAUGUUACAGAUUACCGCACGACAGUGUUCGUCUAUAACAUGACGGGGACAAAAUUGAAACAGAUCUCAAAAGACCAGUCGGGACAACAUUUGUUCAAAAACAUAUUCAGUCUUGCUGUCAGCAAAAAUGGAAAGAGGAUCUAUGUUACAGAUUCUACUCACGGACUUGUUGUUCUUGACCAGGACGGAAAGCUGCUUGGGAAAUACGACAGCCCUCAAGUAAAAGGUGCAUGUGGAUUAUUUGAAAUGGAUGGAAGAAAUGUCCUAGUGUGUGGGUAUCCAUCCAACAACAUCAUACAAUUUGCUCCAAAUGGCGAGGUUGAGGGAGAAGUGCUUCCGUCCGAUGGUAAAAAAGGGGGUUGUCGGGCGAUUUGCUUUGAUCGCCGGCAUUCCAGGUUAAUUGUAGGACAUUUUAGCAGGGAUGAAAUUGAAAUUUAUGAUGUUGCGUAAAUAUUGUUUUACCAAUGGGCGAGACAAAUUCUGGACACAUUUCUCUUCUAACUAGGAAAUAUUUCUAUAUCUAUCGUGUUUAUUUAGUUGACAGAAAUAAUCGUAAUAAAGUAAGACUUUUUAUGGACCUUUCUCUUUCUCUUUAAGUUCGUAAACUUGU